AUGGUCUCAUGGGAUUACAGAUUGGCACAUGCAGGAUUUUAUUUCGAUCGAUCAAAUCAUCCACUAGAUAAUGUUAUUUGUUUCAUAUGUGGCUGUUCGAUAAAAGACGACGAUCCUUUCCAGAAACAUCAAGCCAGUUCACCUGAUUGUCUGUGGGUUUUGUGUCGAAAUUAUCCAAAUAACAAAGAUAACAAUACCGCUAAUGAAUCAACUUUGAAUUGGGACGAUAAGAAUCAAUGGCCAACAUCAAAAAAAUUAGAGAAUGCUAGAAUCAAAACUUUUGGUAAUUGGUGGCCACAUAAAGAAAAAAAACUGGACUGCGAGUUGGCAAAAGCUGGUUUCUAUUAUUACCCAUUGUAUAAAGGAGAUGAUAAUGUAGUUUGUCCUUAUUGCAAUAUAAAACAUGCUAAAAGAUCUAUUACUUGCUUAUUUUUUGCUAAACCACCAAAAUCAAAAAAAUCAAAAGCACCAGCUACUCAACAAAUUGCAGAUAAACUGAAAUUGAAUGAAUUUGGUGAUGCUAGUUUGAAUCAGGAUGAACAAAUGGAUAUUAUUAUUAGCAAAGACAAUAUUAUUAUUGGUAAUGACGAUAUAGUUAAGAGCAAUAAUACCACUAACAAUUGUGAUAUUGUUAGUAAUGACAAUAUUAUUUAUGAUUAUUUAAGAGAUUUGGGCGAACAACAAGAAAAGAAGCUGGAAAUUGAAAUUGAAAAAAUUAUUGAAAAAUUAUUGAAUGCUAAAAAAAAAUACUUGGGAUCAGAGGAAUGGACUUUUGUUACUUUUGGAUGUCUGUUUACCAUGAAUGCAUUGGUAUUUUUGAGUUGUCAAUGGAGCGUACAAGCAAGAGCAUUUUUUACUUGUAUAAAGGAAAACAAUAUACAAAAGGCUAAAGCGAUUAAAAUAAUUCCUGCGCUGCAUAAAGGAAAAGGAGACUUGUGUGAUCUUUAUCAUGCAGAUAACGGGGAAAUAUCUUUUACUUUUCAAAAGAAAAAAUAUGUUUGGGAUCCUGAUAAAAAAAUUUUUAAUAAAUUAAGCUAUCCUUGUGAUGGAAAUCCUCCAAUUUCAAUGUUUAAAAAUGCCGAAGGAUUUAAUUUAUAUCAAUUAAUAAUUAUUAUUUGGUUUAGUUUUGAUAUACCUAUACCAACUUUUCGUGAAUUAUUUAAAGAACACGCUGUUGCUCCUUUCUUCGUUUUUCAACUAUUUUGUGUUGGAUUAUGGUUAAUCGAUGAUUAUUGGUAUUAUUCAUUAUUUACACUAUUCAUGUUGGUUGUAUUUGAGUCCACGGUUGUUUUUCAGAGAUUAAAAACUUUGGCCGAGUUUCGAACAAUGUCUAUCAAACCUUAUUCUAUUCAAGUUAGACGUAACAACUCAUGGAUUACAAUUAAUUCAGAUGAAGUUUUACCGGGUGAUCUGGUAUCUGUUGUUCGUAGUAAGGAAGAUAGCGGAAUUGCUUGUGACAUGGUACUUUUGAAUGGUAGUUGUAUCGUGAAUGAAGCUAUGCUUUCAGGUGAAUCAACACCGUUAUUGAAGGAAUCAAUAGCACUUCGUGAUAGCAGCGAUCAUUUAGAUAUGAAUGGCAUUGACAAGAAUAGUAUAAUAUUUGGUGGCACCAAAAUUCUUCAGGUCACUCCACCGUCACCUGAUGAUUCAUUAACAGCCCCUGAUAAUGGAUGUAUUGCAUAUGUCAUUCGUACUGGGUUUGGCACUGUUCAAGGGAAACUCGUACGCACAAUGGUAUACAGCACAGAGCACGUAUCUGCCAAUAAUAUAGAAACAUUUUUAUUUAUAUUAUUCUUGUUGGUUUUUGCAAUUUCAGCUGCUGGAUACGUGUGCGUUAAAGGUGUUGAAAAAAAUCGCAAGAAAACAAAAUUAUUAUAUGAUUCUAUUAUAAUUAUAACAUCAGUUGUACCACCAGAAUUGCCCAUGGAAUUAUCUUUGGCUGUUAACACGUCUUUGGUAGCAUUAGCAAAAUAUGCAAUAUAUUGUACUGAGCCAUUUAGAAUUCCAUUUGCUGGAAAACUUGAUGUUUGUGCAUUUGAUAAAACGGGAACUUUGACUGGUGAAAGUCUUGUUGUAAGAGGAAUAGCUGGUAUUCAUCCUAAUGAUCCAAAGGAAUUAACUGAUCCAAAAGAUGCUUUAAGAGAGACUAUUCAAACCUUAGCUGCUGCACAUGCAUUGGUUAAGUUAGAUGAUGGAAUCGUUGGUGAUCCUAUGGAAAAAGCAACUUUAGAGGCAUUAGAUUGGAAGCUUGGAAAUGGUGAUACUGUUAUACCUGCAAAUAAUCAAUCUCAACGGUUUCAACAACGUUCCCAACUACAAAUUUGUCGGCGAUUUCAAUUUUCAUCAAAACUUAAACGUAUGUCAAGUAUUUCAACAUUGAAUAUAAAUCGUGGUAAAAAGACUUUUGUUGCAGUCAAAGGAGCACCUGAAACUCUUCAUAGCAUGUAUGAAUAUGCACCUGAUGAUUACGAGGAUACUUAUAAAUUCUUUACACGACGGGGCAAUAGAGUAUUAGCGUUAGGAUAUAAAUAUUUAAAUGAUAACAUGAGUAUUAAAGAGGUUAAUGACCUCACACGUGAAUCAGUUGAAUGUGACCUUAAAUUUGCAGGAUUUCUUAUUUUUGAUUGUCCAUUAAAAGAUGAUGCAAUUUCAACCAUUAAAGUGUUAAAUGAAUCUUCACACAGGGUUAUUAUGAUUACUGGUGAUAAUCCUUUGACAGCAUGUCAUGUUGCUCGCGAAGUUGAAAUCAUUAAUCGUGAAGUAUUAAUUUUGGAUCUUCGUAAAGAUGAAGCUAGCGAUGAUGUUGAUCCUUCAAAGAACAUUGAUCCAACAAUACUUCAAAAUUAUGAUAUAUGUGUGACAGGAGCAGCAUUAGCGCAAUUUGAAAAUAGAAAAUCAGUAAAAGACUUACUAGAACACACAUGGGUUUAUGCAAGGGUUUCACCUGGUCAAAAGGAAUUUAUAUUAACUGGACUUAAACAAGCAGGAUAUAUAACAUUGAUGUGUGGUGAUGGUACAAACGAUGUUGGUGCAUUGAAACAAGCGCACGUUGGAGUAGCACUUCUUGAUGGCAAACCAGAAGAUCUUAGAAAAAUAGCUGAACAUCAACGAAUGCAACGAUUAAAAGAUAUGUAUGAAAAUCAGUUAAAAUUCACAGCCAAAUUUAAUAUGCCGCCGCCGCCGCCACCACCAGCAAUUGCACAUUUAUAUCCAAACAUAACACAACAACUUCAACAAAACACUAAUAAUAGAAGACCAAAUCUACCGCAGGCACAGGUUGAUAAUAUUACAGAACAGCUUCUUGAUAUGGAAGAUGAACCGCCUACCAUAAAAUUGGGGGAUGCAUCAGUAGCAGCACCAUUCACAUCUAAACUUUCUAAUGUUGUAGCCAUUUCAAAUAUUAUUAGACAAGGAAGAUGUACAUUGGUUGCUACAAUUCAAAUGUAUAAAAUUCUGGCAUUGAAUUGUUUAAUAACAGCAUAUAGUCUUAGUGUUUUAUAUUUGGAAGGAAUUAAAUAUGGUGAUUUACAAGUAACAAUUUCAGGAGUUUUGCUUGCAGUAUGUUUCCUUUGUAUAUCAAAAGCCAAGCCUCUUGAAAAUUUAUCUAAACAACGACCUCAAACCAAUGUAUUCAACUUUUAUAUUAUUUUAUCAAUUCUCGGACAAUUCGCUAUUCAUAUAGCCUCUUUAAUAUAUGUUGUUGAGCUGGUAUUUCGUUACGAGGAACGUGUGGAAUUUGAUCCAGAUCAAGAAUCUGAUCCAGAAAAAGAAUUUGAACCGACAUUGCUUAAUACAGCAGUAUAUUUGAUAUCACUAUCAAUGCAAGUUUCUACAUUUGCUAUCAAUUAUCAGGGACAUCCUUUUAGAGAAAGUUUACAAGAGAAUACAACAUUGUAUUAUGGAUUGUGUACAGUUGCUGCCAUAGUUGUCUCUUGUGCCACAGAGUUUGUACCUGAAGUUAAUAGUAUGUUACAACUUGUACCUAUGAGUAAAGAGUAG